CCUUUUACAGUCGGAAUCGGCGCCUGCGCAACCGAUACGUCACUCUAAACAGCCUUUACUUAUGCGUCUGCGCGGUGCAGCCAUUUCUUACAUUUCCUGAGAGAAAGCGAGAUGAGGUCGCUGUUUGUGUUGGCUGUGCUGGUGCUGUUGUCUGCAGCUCGUGGAGAGGAAGGGGCGCGUCUGCUGGCCUCCAAGUCUCUGCUGAACCGCUAUGCUGUGGAGGGGAGGGACCUCACGCUGCAGUACAACAUCUACAACGUGGGCUCCAGCGCUGGUCUGGAAGUCGAGCUGUCUGAUGAUUCCUUCCCCCCGGAAGAUUUCGGGAUUGUCUCCGGAAUGCUGAAUGUGAAAUGGGACCGGAUUGCUCCAGCCAGCAACGUGUCCCACACUGUGGUGCUGAGGCCGCUGAAGGCAGGCUACUUCAACUUCACCUCGGCCACCAUCACAUACCUGGCGCAGGAGGGAGGCCAGGUCGUGGUGGGGUACACCAGCGCCCCGGGACAGGGUGGGAUCCUGGCUCAGAGGGAGUUUGACAGGAGAUUCUCUCCUCAUUAUCUUGAUUGGGCUGCCUUUGGAGUCAUGACCCUGCCUUCCAUCGGGAUCCCCCUCCUUCUCUGGUACUCCAGCAAGAGGAAGUACGACACCCCCAAACCCAAGAAAAACUGAGCCCCCAGACCCCCUUCCCCUCCAAGCAUCCAAACUAAACCUGCAACCCACAGCCCCUGAGCAGAAAAUUACAAGCCAGAGACUCCGGGGCUGCAACAUGAAUUCUUCCAAGUGCAGGGAUGGAGAUGAGACUCCUAUUGCACAGCAGUUUCACCCAUUCCAGGUUUUACUACAAACUUAAUUAGCCCCAGUGUUGGUAACAAGCUCAUAGUAAAACCAAUAUGAAAUCUAAACGCAGCCUGAUUAGGAUUCCCCUGGUAUUUAUCACUUCAUUUCUGGUUAGGGCAGGGAGUGGAUGGGGAUGAUGUAGUUUUUUGUCUGGUACCUUUUUCCCCACUCCCUGUAAAAUGCACCAUGAUCUCGUGUGAGUGUCGAUCGCUGUGUUUCAGAGCAUUGCUUAGAUCAGUGGUGCGCAGCCCCCGGAGAUCCAGGCCAGUCACCGCCUGAGUUAGUGAGUCGACCCUCAGCAGCUGGGGUUGGGGGUCCAUCCGCAGCACACGCGAUGAAAUGUUUUCUUAAAAAUCCACUUCAAAUCAGACAUUAAUUUCUUGUAUCACUUAAGGGAGUCAGACCCGCUGUUAGUCUUUGCCAAUCCUUUUCACUGAGUUUCUUUUAAAGGCUUGAGUUCAGCAGUGAAGAUGAUCCCUGUAUGACUGCCUCUAAUGUGUUCCAGCUGCAUACUGCGGCCUUGAGGAAACUGCUCAAAUGUCUUGUAGUGAUUCCCCCCCCCCCCCCCCCCCACGGCUCUCCUCUCAACCCCUAUUCGCUCACAUGAGCCCUUAUUAAAGUUUCCCAUUGUGAAAGCAUAGCAAAGCCCAGGGAGGUUUUGUAAAGCAUAUUAAGAUGUGGUAAAUGCACAGUAUAACCAAUGCUAAAUGACUGUGGUGAACUUUACUGAGGGAGUGAUGCAGAACCCAGCUGGUUAUGGAUUGCUUAUGUGCUUGUACGUGUCAAAUGGGAGUUUUUAUAAUAAAACCAGAUUUUACAAAAAAAAAAAAAA